AUGGCCCGCAGAGCUGUGCCGCCCUCCCUCUGGUCCGGGAGCGACCGAGUGCGGAUCGGGGAGCGGCUUCAGGCCAGCCUGGCCGGGAUCCUGGAGCUGGGGCUGCUGAGAGAGACGCAGAAGGGAACCGUGGAGAGCGCCCUGGGCAUCGGGGAGCCGGCGGGGGCUGUCCCAGGGGGGCAGCGACAGCAGGGAUGGGGCAGUCUGGGGGCUAAGGAACCGCUGCCCCCAGCUAAGCUGGACCGGAGCAAGUCUGAGGACCUGCUGGGCAUCCCUGAGAAGCCAUGUGUCUCCUACUGUUCCUCCGAGAGCAUCGACGUGGGACGCCAAGCCGGGAACAGGGACAGCAGAACGCCAGCGACGAGCCUGGCCUUGAGAACCGCCGGCUCCAGCGAGCAGCUGCUGCUCCCCAAGAGGCCCAGGGCACAGACAGAGCUUAGCUUCACUGCACCAGAGAUCUCAGAGGCCGACUCCAGGCCCAGCUCAGGGUUCUACGAGACCAGCGAGAUGGGCUCCCUGUCCGACUCCUCCACGUCCAUGCACAGCGAGUGCCCGGGAGGCUCGCACUGCAGCGUCGGUUCCCUCUCCCACCUCCCAGGCCUACGGGACAGUGGCUGUUCACGGCCACGCUCCACUGACGAGGCCACCGUCCGGCUUCUCGACCUCCGGCUGCAGCGGGUAAUGGCACCCAAUGCUCCCAGCAGCCCCCAUGCUGCUGCCAGGAGACCAGUCUCAACAGGGGACCUGGAGUUCCUGCUGAGCCUGGGUGAGCUCUCUCCAGCCUUCCCUCAGCUCCUGCAGUACAAGUGCGACCUGGUGUCCCGCAGCACCAGCGAGAUCUACCACUACCCCAGCCCGCUGCAUGCCGUGGCCUUGCAGAGCCCACUCUUUACCAGCGGCCUGUCCCGAGGCCCAUCCCAGGAGGACCUCAGCGAGCGGGCAACCAUCCCCACUGUGCAGGAGGGCUCUCCCCAGAGUGGGACAGACCCCUCAGAGGAGCAGCGCCAGGUCCAGCUGGACCGUUACAUCGCCAAGCUGGUGCUGAGGUACAGGUGUCGGUCGGCGGCUAGCCGCACAGAGCCUGGCUACCUGGCAGGGCACCAGAAGAGCCAGUCCAUGUCAUCGGUCUGUGGCUCCCCGCUGGGAGCUGGGCCGCUCCCCGGCUGGAAAAUCCGCAGGCGCAUUUCUACCUGCUCCCACCUCCGCUCUCCAGAGGGGCCCGACAGCUCCCAGGCCCUGGACGGCCCAGGGGGCCGGGGCUCCACCGCCUCCUCUGUGGGGUCCAGCGAGCGUUCAAUGGGGUUGCUCCUGGAGCAGCUCUCGCUGUGCCGGGAGCAGCCAGAGGGAGCCGGCUGGGCUGAGGCCUCGUCCUGUCAUCCCCAUGUGGUCAGGGUCAAGGCCUCCUCCAGGAAGGCCCUUGGCACUGAGCGGGAGCGGCUGUACAAGGGCAAGCAUGCCUCGCGGGAGUUGGUGAAGGCAGGCGAGGGUGCGGAGCGCAGCUGGCUCAGCCCGCGGGAGCUGCUUCGCAGGAUCAGCCUCCGGCGCAGGCCGGCUCUCCGGGCAGAGGGCGGGAGCCGCUGCAGCUCAGAGGUGAACGUCCGCACGCCGAGGCCUGUGUAUCGCUGCAGCUCCCAGCGCUGCCUGGAGCCCCCGGGCAGACACAAAUGGGCAUCCGUCCUGGAGAUCUCCAGCCAGGCCCUGGGGAGGCCGAAAGCCGAGCCCUUCCCCCCACCAAGCCGCCAGCUGGCCUUCUCCACAGACUCCUGCUUCCCUGAUUGCAGCCAGCUGGAGCUGCAGCCACAGCGGGCUGAGGGCAGCAGUGCCUCCAGCCUCAGUGAGGUGGAUGCUGUCAGCCUGAAUGGGGAUUGGCGACUGCGGCAAUUGGGCCAACCUGGGGCCCGCCCACUCCAUGCCUCUGCCACACUGGAUUCCAGCAACCUGGCCAUGGCCAGCUUCAAACUACACAGGACCCGCUCCUUCAAGGAGCUGAAGAGGAUGGUGAGCCGUUCCUUCAGGCCUCUGGCUCCCAAGGCCAGUGGAGUCUCCAAGUGACCUCCUCUAGCUGCAGCCUGCUCCCAAAAGCCAUGUGGCAAAACCCCCAGCUAGCCCCAUCCUUUGGGGGGGGACCCUAUUUACUGGGACUGCCUCCUCCCCACAGAGUCUUCACCGUCCCCUCUUCAUGUCUCUUCUCUGUGGUAGACAGCCGACUGGAAUUGGCAGGGCCUGGUGCUUCACCCACCCUGAUUGCCGACAAGUUGGGGAGGGGAUUUAGAAGCAGCCCCUGCCCAAUGCUGGCAGAGUUGCAGUGACAAGGCUGGCACAGGGGCACCCUCUCCCUACAGUAUGGACAGGCCAGAACAGCCUUCUCCCUGAGAGGCAGGAAGCUUGAAAUAGCCCCCCAACUUCUAAGGGUGGGACGGGGCAGGGGUCCCACUGGGCUCUAGGGACUGUAUCUGGGCCCCUAGUGUGGGCUUGAAAUCAAAUGUUCAACAGGUACCAUAGGCCCCUGCGUCUCCCAUAACCUAGGUGUGUCUGGGUGCUGUUGUCUGCCCAGCUGCAGCAGGCAGGCGCUCUGUGUAGGUGGAGCUGCCUGGCUCUGGCUGCACCAAGGAGCCUCAUUGCUGGUGU